AUGGUUCACUCCAAAAGCACCCCCAUGGACGACGAUGCCUAUUGGAUGGUUGCCGAUGGCCGUGUACACUACUUGGAAGCGGCUGAAAUUAAUAAUGUUGUCCCAGAUAUCCUGAUAGAUCCGGUUGUGGAAGACUGGCAGUCACACGAUGCUAACAUGAAGAUGAUGAAUAUCCGUAACAAAAACCUCCUUUAUAAGCUCAACAACCCUUCCGGCUCGGAUUUGGACUCAGAUAACAUCGUGGAUCCUGCGAAAGCAUCGGCUUCGCCAGAACAUUUAACUCCACCGUCAACCGGCGGUUCCACCAACAACGGAUCCACAGUGAAGAUUCCUACUCCCACCCAUUCAUUAUACAUGCCACGUCGCCAAGUGGACCUCGUGGCACUUCUCGCCGCCAAGGAUAAAGUGCAAGAUAGUUCUGAAGCCGAAAAUGUCAAAACCAUUCUCCUGGCUGUUAUGCAGUGGCCCCAAGAUGCCAACAUCAAAAUCAAAUUUUUAACCGGUGGAAUUACCAACAUGUUACUCUCGUGUAGCUACGGCCGGUCAACCGUGCUCAUGCGUGUUUAUGGACAGGGAACAAACUUAAUUAUAGAUAGACAUCGUGAGUACAUUCUGCAUCUUGUGCUCAAUUCCUUGCAAUUGGCUCCCCCAGUCUAUGCUCGUUUCAGCAACGGUUUGGUCUACGGCUAUCUCCCUGGCCGCUCGCUCGAACCAAACGAACUAUACCACCCGGCCUUGUACCCUCUUAUUGCUCAACUCUUGGGCAUUUGGCAUCACCGAGUAUCAAGCUCCGACAUUGAAGAUGGUGUGGAAAAGCUCCGGAGAUAUGCUGUCACGGUGAAGAAAAGACGUCUGUUGCAGCUGCUGCCGGUCCUUAUGGCAGAAAAUAGCAAAAAGAAGAAAAAGCCAAAGAAGAAAACCAUCAACAACGUAUGGGAACUUUUGCACGAUUGGAUCGAUGUGGUUCCUUUAAACCAGGCUCUCCAUGAUUCGUUUGCACGCAACAAAAAAAUCGAUAGUGAUCUCAGAGAAGUGGUGAGACAAGAGCUUAAUUGGCUUGAAGAAACUUUAACCUCAAAAAAUAGCUCGCCCGUGGUUUCGGCGCAUUGUGACUUACUUUCAGGAAAUGUCAUCAUACCGACAGAUUUUGCAUUUGAAGAGUCGGACCUUCCUUCCGUCGAUAAUAACCCCAUCAAAUUCAUAGACUACGAGUACAUGCUUCCAGCACCUCGGGCAUUCGAUAUUGCCAAUCAUAUGGCAGAAUGGCAGGGUUUCCACUGUGACAGAUCCGCUAUACCUGAGCCUUCCAUGGAUAAUCCCGUAAUGGUCAAGUGGGUUCGCUCCUACCUUAACAAUCCUGAUGCUAGCGAAGAUGAAGUCCAGAAACUCAUUGAUGAAAUUGCUCUAUUUCACGGCAUGCCUGGGUUCUACUGGGGAAUCUGGGCCAUGAUUCAAAGCGAAAUUAGUCAAAUUGACUUUGACUACGCUGAUUACGGAAAAUUACGAUUGGAAGAGUAUUGGGACUGGAAGCUGAAGCAUUUGUCGUCUGUGUGA